UCACGCGCAGCCCCGCCCCCUCGGCCGCAGUCUCUCUCCGGGAGGCGGCAACCGCUCCUGUUCGGCUCUUCCCGGUUGGCCGGGCCGGCUGCCCCUCGUUUCUCUGGUGACCAUGGGGGACCCCAGCAAGCAGGACAUCCUGACCAUCUUCAAGCGCCUCCGCUCGGUGCCCACCAACAAGGUGUGUUUUGAUUGUGGUGCCAAGAAUCCUAGCUGGGCAAGUGUAACCUAUGGGGUGUUUCUUUGCAUCGACUGCUCAGGGUCACACCGGUCACUCGGCGUUCACUUGAGUUUUAUUCGAUCUACAGAGCUGGAUGCUAACUGGUCUUGGUUUCAGCUGCGAUGCAUGCAGGUUGGAGGAAAUGCUAACGCAUCUUCCUUUUUCCAUCAACACGGCUGUGCCACCAGCGACACCAAGGCCAAGUACAACAGCCGCGCUGCUCAGCUCUAUCGGGAGAGGAUCAAGUCGCUGGCCUCCCAGGCAACGCGGAAGCACGGCACUGACCUCUGGCUGGAUAGCUGUGUGGUUCCACCUUUGACCCCUCCACCGAAAGAGGAAGAUUUUUUUGCCUCUCAUGCUUCUCCUGAGGCGAGCGGCACAGGAUGGGCAUCAGCACAACCAGAAGCAUCUUCUUUGCCACCAAGGAAUGUGGAAACCACUCCAGCUAAUAAUGAAGGUGGACCAGAACAAGCACCGAGCGUGGAAGGUCUUAAUGCACCAACGAAGGGGGCUUCAGAGGUGUCCUCUAUUAUAAAAAAGAAACCAAAUCAAGCUAAAAGAGGACUUGGAGCCAAAAAAGGAAGUUUGGGGGCCCAGAAAGUGGCGAAUACAUGCUUUAACGAAAUUGAAAAACAAGCCCAAGCUGUAGAUAAGAUGAAGGAACAGGAAGACCUUCUGGCCGGGGCGGCACCUAAGGAAGAAUCAGUCGUUUCAUCACUGCGAUUAGCCUAUAAGGAUCUCGAAAUUCAAAUGAAAAAGGACGAGAAGGUGAACAUGAGUGGCAAAAAAAAGAUAGAAUCAGAGAGACUUGGCAUGGGAUUUGGAAACUGCAGAAGUGGUAUUUCACAUUCCGUGACUUCAGAUAUGCAGACCAUUGAACAGGAAACACCAAUCAUAGCAAAACCCAGAAAGAAGUACAGUGAUGACAAUGAUGAUUCCUAUUUUACUUCCAGCUCAAGGUACUUGGACGAGCCGAUGGAGUUCAGGAGCAGUUCUUUUUCCAGCUGGGAUGACAGUUCAGAUUCCUACUGGAAAAAAGAGACCAUCAAAGACACUGAUGCCAUCCUGAAAACCACAGGCUAUUCAGACAGAUCUACUGCUCGCCGUAAGGCAGACUAUGAGCCAGUUGAAAAUACAGAUGAGGCCCAGAAGAAGUUUGGGAAUGUCAAAGCCAUUUCAUCAGAUAUGUACUUUGGAAGACAAGCCCAAGCUGAUUAUGAAACCAGGGCUCGGCUGGAGAGGCUCUCGGCAAGUUCCUCCAUUAGCUCAGCCGAUCUGUUUGAUGAGCAGAGGAAGCAGACAGCAGGAAGCUACAGCCUCACAAGCGUGCUGCCCACAGCGCCCGACAUGGCCCAGUUUAAGCAGGGAGUGAGAUCCGUUGCUGGAAAGCUCUCCGUCUUUGCUAAUGGAGUCAUGACUUCCAUUCAGGAUCGCUACGGCUCCUAAUACCCACAGGCUGAUACCUGCUUCCGGAAGAAGUUCCUCCCUCCGCGAACCAGUGACCACAUCACAGACUGCAGCCGAGACCAGCAGAUUUGUUUUGCUACUUUGUCACAUGGUAUAUAUGCAUUACUGAUUUUUAGCAUUUCUUUGGAGAAAUUCUCAUUUUUGAUGUAGUAGAAGCUUUAUUGUAAUUUCUGUUGUGUAUUCCUUCCUGCACACGCCGCCCCCCCCCCCCCUUUAGGCAGAGUCGUGCAUAUCCUUGCUUGAUUUUCGUGGAAUCUAGUUCCAGCAGCUGGGGGCCUGGAGACCAGAGCUUCUCCCCCCUCUGAGGAUUGACAGCCUUCCUUUGCGGGGAGGGGGGGGGUCCCCGUGCUGUGUGACCUAGGGGCUAAGGGCUCCACGAGCAGCCAAUGCUACAGGGACCUGGAGAAACAAAAUCCACAGCACACAUUUCAUUCAAAAGGGAGUAAAGAAUAAAAACAAAAGACCAAAAAUGUCUAAUUUGACAGAUUGCUUCAUUUAUAUUUCCACAUAUUAACGGGGAUUUCAAAAUAAUGUUGAAAGUCGUCUGUCCCUUUGUAAAUGCUUAUUUUAUAUAAUCUAUAAAUUAAAAAUUUUUCAGUGAGUACUUUUAACAAACCUAAGCUUCUGCAUUGCCAAGGGAAUUAAUCUUUCCACAAGGUGUUUGAAUUGGUGAGAACUCCCUGUUUACAAACAGAGCGUACAGAAUUUAAAAUGAAGAAGGGAAGAAGAUAGACCCACGGAAAAGAUUUCAGUGUAUGGGAGAAGAGUAGUUGUAACUGGGUAGUUUUGUUGAUAUUUUGCAUCUUAAUCUUGGUUUUCAAAAAAUUACAGAGUGUGUAUAAAUGAAUAAAGACAAAUAAUUUGGCUGUGUUUUAGACAGCAUUAGAAUAUAUUGUUCAGCACAGUAAAAUAUAUUUGAAAUUUGAUGAACCAGAAAUGUGGUUUCAACUGAAUAUUUUGUGCAUUUUUCUUAAAAGAUCAAAUUUGUAGACUAAACAUAAUAAUAAACCCUUGCAGCAGAC